CCAUCAGUAUGUAGCGUUUGUUCCUGGAGACUGCAUAUUAGACAUCGUCGAGUGUUAAUUUCCAUUUGUUUCCUGAACAUACCAACACCGCCUAUCAUGGCAUCCUGGGAGGAAGCAACCGCAGUCCAGCAACUCGACAGCAAGACAUAUACAUGUAACUUCCAUGACGAUUGGUGUAUCGGCACUGUUCCCAACGGUGGGUAUGUGACUGGGUGCAUUCUCGAGGUGGUUUCAAAGCACUUCCACACUUCACUCGCAAAGCUUCAUCAACCUCAUACAAUCGCCCUCCAUGUGGAGUUCCUUCGGAGAACACAAGUUGGCCUGGCAACAUUCAAAGUCGAAGACGUAAAGAUCGGAAGACAAACGUCCAUAGUCCACGUCCACAUGUCGCAGGACGGCCGCGAGGAGAUCGUGGCCUAUGUAACCAAUUCCAACAUACACACAGAGCAGGGCGUGACUUUCGAUACCCACUACGAGCUUCAUCCGCAGCGUCCUGCCGUCGACUUCGGCAAGCUGGAGCUGGACACAGAUGAGAAUUGGAAGCGGAUCCGCGAAAACCCUUUCCCCAAAUUCCGCAAGGCCCUUUCACGGCUCCAUCUUUACUCUCCACGGACCGGUCAAACUGUUGCCCACACAGCUGACCAGUGGGUAUGUUUUACAGACGGCAAGAAUUUCACGGAUAGCUCUGUCGGUUUUGUUGCGGACAUGUUCCCUCAGAUCCUCGAAUGGCAUCGUGACCCGGGACAGUAUUGGUAUCCGACCUUGCUCUUGAAUCUCGACGUGAAAAAGACACUGCCGAAAGAGGGUGUCAAGUGGCUGGGAAACCGUGUACAGCUCAAAAAGGUCCAUAAUGGAAGGAUGGAUAUUGAAGUGCAUAUAUUCGACGAUGCUGGCGACAUAGUUGCCCUGUCCCACCAUGUUGCGUUUGUGCUGGAUGCGUCGAGGAAUCUCGCAAAGAGGAAAGACCAAGAUAGUAAAAUAUAG